AUGGCCACUGUUUUUCGAAUAGAUUUCGUAGAUAAAUAUAAUGACGAUAUUUGGCUUGUCAAAUUAUUGUUGAGCUCAGAAGACAACAAGUUAUUAAAAGAACUUGACACUUACCUGAAGGCAGAAAUUAAAACAAAUACUACAGAGGUUGAUCUGGGACAUUUUUUAUUAGCGAUGCAUGAGUACGAUCGAGCAAGUCACUAUUGUAAAUUGGUACUUGAUGAUCUUCCAGCCAAUCACGAUUUGACUUGUCGUUGUUACAAUAUUAUUGGUGAAUGUUAUUUAUGGAAGGAAAACUAUGAUUUAGCGCAAAAAAACUACGAAAUGGCUCUAAAACAUUGUGAUCUCGCAUCCGCUGCUGUGACCUACAACAAUCUUGGACUUGUUUAUAAACGAAAAGGGUCCUGGACUUUAUCGUAUCAGUAUUUUGAAAAAUCGCUCGAAAUAUACUCGAUUACUCGCAAGCCGGAUGAUCCUUUGAUUGCAACCACAUUAAAUAAUUUAUCACAUAUUCUACUUCAUACAGAAACGUAUGAUAAAGCAUUGUCGAACUUGGACAAAGUGCUUGACAUUCGAUUAAAACAGUUGCCGCUGGCCCAUCCUUUAGUUGGUGCAACAUACUCUCUUCUAGGUGAUGCGUAUCUUUGGAAUGGUGAUUACAAAACAGCAAUGUAUAAUUAUGACAAACCUCAACCAUCCAUCUUAGUCAGUCUUACUCAGCCUGCAAAGGACAACUAUGAAAUGGCAAUAAAAUGCUACAGUAAAAGUAUCGAACUUAAACUGCUCUCAGACUCAGGCGAUUUUAACAAUCUUUCAACUCUCCACAAUAACAUGGGAGCAACAUACAACAGAUUAGGUGUUUAUGAAAUGGCAUUGAGCUGUUUCGAGAAGACAGAUGAAAUUAACAAGAAAAUUACUCCAAUAAAACAUCUAAACAUUGCCGCAUGUCGCUUGAAUGUGGGUAGGGCUUAUGCUAUCAAAUUUGAUAAUGAUUCGGCUCGACAGAAUUACUAUCAGGCACUUCAUACUUUUGAAACGUGCUCAGAAACGGAUACUAAUCGGUUACUGGCGAUAACAUACUUUUAUGUAGCUGAACUCGACGAACUGGAAAACGAUCAUGCAAAUGCAUUGAAAAAUUAUUAUCUAGCAAAAGAACUUGGAUUCAAAUCUUUGCCAUCUACUCAUUCGAGCCUGUUACGAUAUAUCAAUGGUGUUGAAAGAAUGAUACCGCAUUUGUUGAAGGAGACGAAUCAGCUUGAAAAAUCAACGACUUAG